AAUAAACACAAUCCAAGCCUCCCAGUAUCGAAGCACAGCACCAAUAUCGCAGCCUCCACACGCACGGCUGCCUCCCAGUCGCUCCUUGGGAUUCCGGAUGGGGAAGAAGAGCCAGAAGCCAAAGAUAGUGCUCCCGCCGGAGCUUCCCCCGGAGAUAUUGGAGGACGAUAUUGAAGUCUCCGACGAGGACUUACAGUUCCUCCAAGAGAACCGCCACUACGCCCGCGGCUUUUCCCGCUUGGACACCCAUUCCAUCACCAAGCAUGUUACUCGUGUAGCUGAUGUGAAAGAAGAUGCUCUGGAGGCUUUGUAUGAGAAGCGUUUAAAGAAGAAGGCAUUGCUGAAAGAAAAAGAGGAAAGUGGACUUCGGGUUGAUCCUGUAGACGCCCUUCCCGUUAAGACCUUAGAUGGAACACUCUACUAUCGGACACUACCAAAGACGUCUACAUUAUCUGAAAAUGCUGAAAAUGGUGAGGAGGAUAAUAAGGAUGGUAGUGUGGACAAAGGCAUAGUGAAGGCGACUAAAGCAGAAAGGAGAGCGAAGCUUAAAAAACAGAGGAAAGAGGCAAAGAAGCAAGGGAAGGAGUUGGAUGAAGCAGAAGAAGUGCAACAAACUCCACAAGCGGCGGUGCUGGCUGAGGUGAAACAAGAUCUCACAGCGGAAGAAGCAUUCAAAAGUAAGAUGCAAAAACUUGCAGAGCUGGGAAUGGCGCUCCUUGCAGAUCCAGAGUCGAAUAUUAAAUCUCUAAAGGAGAUGCUACUAAUUUCUAAAGAUAAUGAUCAUGCUAUUGUCAAACUUGGAGUACAAUCAUUAUUGGUUGUCUUUAAAGACAUUAUCCCUGGCUACAGGAUCAGGCUUCCUACUGAAAAGGAGCUCGAAAUGAAGGUUUCUAAGGAUGUUAAAAAGAUGCGGUACUAUGAAUCAACACUUCUUUCUGCAUAUAAGGCAUAUCUGCAGAAGUUGAUAGCAUUAGAAAAGAAGCCUUCGCUCCAUAAUGUUUUCGUUAGCUGCAUCUGUACUUUGCUUGAUGCAGUUCCACACUUCAACUUCCGGGAGAGCUUGUUAGGUGUUGUUGUCAGAAACUUAGGUUCCUCAGACGACGUCGUAAGGAAACGCUGCUGUGCUACAAUUAAGUCUCUUUUUACCAAUGAGGGAAAACAUGGUGGUGAAGCUACUGUGGAGGCUGUUCGGUUGAUUGCAAAUCAUGUGAAAGCUAAUAAAUGCCAGUUGCAUCCUGAUUCUGUUGAGGUUUUCUUGUCAUUGUCAUUUGAUGAUGAUAUUGGGAGGCCUGAAAAACCGAAUGUGGAUAGUAAUAGAGUAAAAUACAAGAAAGGUAGAAGAAGAAAGAAUCUUGAGGAGCCAAGCCAACUGCCAGAAAGUGACAAAAAGAAAAGUAGGAAACAGUUGAUGACAAAGAUGAGAGAGGAGGUUACUGCUGAUUAUAAGGCUGCUUCUUUUACCCCAGAUGUGAUGGAGCGGAGAAGGAUGCAAUCAGAGACACUUUCUGCUGUAUUUGAGACAUAUUUUCGUAUUUUGAAGCAUUCCAUUCAGCCAAAAGUUGCCAGCCAUGGAGAGAAUGGCAGUCCAGUUUCUGGUGAAUCUGGGUCCCACCCGCUGCUCGCACCAUGUCUGAAAGGAUUAGGAAAAUUCUCGCAUCUAAUUGACUUAGAUUUCAUGGGUGAUCUUAUGAAUUAUCUGAAAAAGCUAGCUUCUGGUGGUAGCAACCCUUGCAAUUCCGAGAAAAAUUUGAAUUGCUUUACUGUAUCUGAGCGCCUCCAAUGCUGCAUCGUUGCCUUUAGAGUGAUGAGGAACAAUCUCGACGCCUUGAAUGUUGAUUUACAAGACUUUUUUGUUCAGCUUUACAAUCUUAUACUUGAUUACAGGCCUGGAAGAGAUCAGGGUGGGGUGUUAGCUGAAGCUCUCAAGACGAUGUUAUGUGAAGAUAGACAGCAUGACAUGCUAAAGGCUGCUGCAUUUGUAAAACGUUUGGCCACAUUUUCAUUGUGCUUUGGAUCUGCAGAGUCCAUGGCUGCCUUGGUUACAUUGAAGCAUCUUCUUCAGAAGAAUGUGAAAUGCCGGAAUCUGUUGGAAAAUGAUGCUGGUGGUGGUUCAGUUUCAGGUACCAUUGCGAAAUAUCAGCCAUAUGCCUCAGACCCCAAUUUAAGUGGUGCUCUUGCUUCAGUCCUUUGGGAACUCGAUCUUCUGUCUAAGCAUUAUCACCCAUCUGUCUCGACACUGGCUUCAAGCAUUGCAAGCAUAAGCACUGCUCAUAACCAAGUUUUUCUCUCUUCUAUUUCUCCUCAACAAGCUUUUCUGGACUUGUCACUUGAAAGAGAGUCCUUCACCCCGCAGAGUCACAGCAUGAAACUGAAUAACAAGAGGAAAAGAGGAAGUGGGUCUUCCACAUCAGUCACUAUUGACCCUGCUCCAGAUUCAGCUUCAAUUGAUGAAGAUAAGGUGAGAAAUAAACUUUCUACACAUUUCAUGCUUCUUCGUGACAUUAAGGAGAAUGAAAGAUUGAGGGCUGAGUUAGAUCGUACUGCGUUAUACCUACAGCUAUAUGAAGAACAUAAGCAGCAAAAGAAAAAACCUAGGACAAAAACAACAUUAGUGUGAAAAAUUGUUGGUCAUUUUGUAAUAUUUGUGGCCUCUAAAAAUUUUGGGAACUUCUGUAAUGCUUAUUUUGGUAUUUUACGUUUUAUUUUUUUAAAUCCCCUUUCCCUA